UUUAAUGUUUACCAUCGUCAGCUUGACUGAAGUAUCAGAUCUGAUAGCUUCGUCUGAGCGCCACACUAUUAAAGAGAGACAGACGUAGAAGCACUGCGAAAUAACAUAAGGAUGUCUCGAGAGCAGAAAGCAGUGGAACGUGCCAGAAAGGCCUUCUUCACUGGCCGGAGCAAAUCUCUGGAGUACCGCAUUACACAGCUGAAAAACCUGCAGCGUUUUAUGCAAGAACGACAGAAGGAAAUUGCAGAGGCCCUCAAAAAAGAUCUCAAACGGAGUGAGUUUGGGACUUCUUUAUAUGAGACCCUGGGUGUGGAGAGUGAGAUUAAUCUGGCUUUGAAAAAGCUGAAAGAAUGGGCUGCUCCUCGACCUGUGAACAAGAGCAUAAUGACCAUCUCAGACCAGGUCUACAUCCAGCCUGAGCCUCUGGGAGUGGUGCUGGUUAUUGGGGCCUGGAAUUACCCCUGGGCAGUCACCGUCGGGCCCCUCGUAGGAGCCAUAGCUGCAGGUAAUGCAGCAGUGAUCAAACCAUCUGAAGUCAGUUCUCACACUUCCAAAGUAAUGGAGGAGUUCUUACCGCUCUACCUUGACAAAGAGUUGUACCCUGUAGUGACGGGUGGUGUAAAAGAGACGCAGGAACUCCUCAAGCAGCGUUUUGAUCACAUCUUCUACACUGGAAAUGGCAUGGUGGGUAAAAUCAUCAUGGAGGCGGCAGCGAAACACUUAACACCUACCACUCUGGAGCUGGGCGGAAAGAGCCCGUGCUAUAUCGACAAAAACUGUGACCUCACUAUCGCCUGCAGGCGGAUUGCGUGGGGAAAAUACUCAAACUGUGGUCAGACCUGCAUCGCUCCAGACUACAUCCUGUGUGAUCCUAGCAUGCAGGACAGAGUGAUCGAAGAGAUCAAGAAGAAUAUCAAAGAAUUCUACACAGAAAACCCCCUGAAAUGUCCAGAUUAUGGCCGCAUCAUCAAUCAGCGCCACUUCAAGAGACUGAUGUCACUGAUGGAGGGCAGCAGCAUCGCUGUGAGCGGUGAACACAAUGAGGCUGAGUGCUACAUCGCUCCAACAGUACUGAGAGACGUGAAGCCUGAUGCCAAGGUGAUGCAGGAGGAGAUCUUCGGCCCUCUGCUGCCCAUCGUGACCGUAAACAGUGUUGAUGAAGCCAUCAAAUUCAUCAACCAGAGGGAAAAACCCCUCGCAUUGUACAUCUUCUCUUCAGACAAGAAGUUGAUCGACAGAAUGAUAGCAGAGACCUCUAGUGGUGGAGUGAUGGCCAAUGACUGUUUGAUGCACUUCUCUGUCAGCUCUCUGCCUUUUGGGGGAGUUGGUGACAGUGGUAUGGGCCGUUAUCAUGGCCAGCACGGCUUUGAUAACCUGAGCCACAUGCGUGGGGUUCUGCUCAAGCAGUUGAAGAUGGAGGCAGUCAAUAAGAUGCGUUAUCCUCCACACACCGCAGAUAAACUGGGCUGGGCUCGAUUCUUCAUGGUCAGACAUGUCGACUUUGGCAGCCUGGGCCGCAUGGCGAUGUUGGCUCUGCUGGUGGUGUUUGCUGCAGUCAUCAUACAGAGAUAUUUUACUGACUAAGAAUGUGAAUAAUAUGAAGAAUCCUUCCCUUCACCUCAAACUCUGGUCAGACAGUGUGUGGAUGGACCUGAAGUGCUGCUUCUCUCCUUUGCCUUAGUUUUAUUAUAAUGUCCGUCAUUCAUUUCAAUCAUUCAAUAUCUAGAGCACUUUAAUCAGUGUUUAUUUUAGGAUACGCUCAUUUUAUGUAACACUCUCAUCAUCUUGUCCAUGACUGGGAUGUUUUUAAUGAAGGAUAUGAAGGUCUUACAACAGAUUUAAUGAUUUGUUUUUCUAAACUAAAUAAUAAUAUAUAACCUAUACUCUGAACAAGAAGACCAGGAUUUUAAAGAUAUACACAUUUCAAACAGAAAUCUAAAUGUGAGUUUUGUGAACCAUUAACAGAUCGUUUGAGCUGCAGUUGGGUGGUCCGCUCAUGUUUAUUUAUGAAGGAUUUUAAGAAAAUAUUGUCUAAAGUCUAGAAUGUUUUACAUUUUACUGGAGAGUUCGUGCAAAAAUGAAUCUUUUGUCAUCAUUUACUCCUAAUGACAUCUAAAAUCUGUUUGUCUUUUCUUUUUGUGAAGAAAUUUUUAAAAAUAGUAAUGGUGCGCUUUUUAUUUUAUUUUUUUACAAAGCAAGAUGCCAGAAAUUUGGUGUACAUCGCUACAUUUUAGGUAAUGUUCAAUUUUUGGCUUGUUCGUGCCAUCAUUUCCUUUUUGUGAUAUUAGAUUGUGUGCCGUGAUUUCCGUUGUUUACAAGACUUGCAUCUAUGCAAUAACCAAAAUAUUUCUGCUAAUAACUGCUAAUGGGGCUUGUAACAUGUAUUACUGGAUACAUGUAUACAUGGAUAAUUAUCCAAGUUAAUGUCAGAACAUAUAAUGUUGACUGCCAACCUGAAUCUAUAAUAACCCUUUUUUGAGAUUUCGAAUUGGCCAACCUAACUUUACAAAUAUAUCGCCACCUGUUGUUUGCUUUUGACUGUGCUUCUUAGUGGGUUUUUUUUUUUUUCGUGUUUUUAUUUCAGAUAACAUUAUCAGAAAUUUCAUGAACUUAAACUCAGAUACAAAGCUGAAAUAAACACAGGGGAAAUUUGAGAAGGAACUAAACGAAAUACUGUUAUAUCAAUGAGAAUCAAUCAUUUAUUUUAAUAAUGUAUUAGGUUAUUGCCCAAACUGCUCAAGAAAGCCAUUAAAAGUGCUUUAUAUAUUGAAGCUAAUUUAAAUGUUAAUAUUUACAUAUAAUAAUAAUUAACAAUUAUUAACAAAUAAUUAAUAAUAAUAAUAAUAAAUAUUUAAUAUAAUAAUAAUUAACAAUUCUAAAGUAUUUGGAUAUAUAAUCUAAAUAAUUAUAAUUCAUAUCAUUUAAACAAAUUAUUAGCAGCAAAAAUGUUUUUAGUUAAAAAGAUUUUAAUAUGUGGCAAAGAAAUCCACACAGAGACUGGGAGUGGCUUUAUUGCAUCAGUUAUAUGUCACUUUUCUCACAGCGGAUUGGUCCAGUUUUGUUUUGCGAUCUCUAAACCAGAAUAGCUACAACCUGCUCCGGUGCAGGUUAACCAUGUAUCAUAAGUUACUGUGGUGACAAAACCUGAUCAAAACCGACCCGCCUUCUUGAGCCAGAACACUCAAACUAAACAUGAACUUACCUGAGUAAAAACCAAAACCGGCUUUGUGCAACAGGCCUCUGAACUCAAAAGUAUUAUUUUUGUUUUGUGUAUAAUUUGACUCUCAAAAAUGACGUUAACUCUUGGUUUGCAUUUUAUCCUUGACCAAUAACCACCGUUCUAGACUGAAUAUGAGUAAAUUAACACCAAAUUUUCAUUUUUGGGUGAACUGUCACUUUAGGAAAGCAGAACUUUCUACAAAAUACCUGACAUUUCACUGUGAAUCAUGCUCAUCUUUUACAGAAAAAAAAUAUUUUUUUAAAUAAGCUUCACAUGUUAAAAUCACACAUGGAUGAAAUGUGGAACAUGUGAAACUAAUGAAAUGUGUGAUUUUGGAACAUUUUUGGAUUACACUUAAUUUUAAGGUGUACUUGUUACAGUGUAACUAUUCAAUCGAUUAAUCAGUUAAUUAAUUACAUGUUCUUAGGGCUAGAAUGCCAUUUAGGGUUAGUUACAUGUAAUUAUGCAUAAUUAAUUGUAAUUACUGCAGUAAGCACAAGGAAUGUGUAAUAGUGAUAACUUUUUAAAUAAAUUAUCACUUUUUGCAUUAGUUUUUUCACAUGAAAUUUUUUUUAACUUAGGCUCAUUCUGAAAACGUAGCCCUAUAUGCAUUUCUGGAGAUCAUGAAUUAUGUAGCCAGAAGUACAUGUGGCUGCAUUUCUUCUUUAAAGCGAACACUACGGGGCGGUAUGACGCUGUUUCUUUUCUCACUUACCUGCUGACUGCUUACCUCCGUAUAGAUUGCUUUCCCACUGUUACCAGUUUGUCCAGUAGCUCGCCAUGUACAUCUGCAGACGCAGAGUGGAGUUGACCACGAUAACGGGUUUUGAGUCCAGGGAAAAACGGUUCUAGAAAGAGGUUAAGACAAUAAUUAAGGCAAAAAAUAAAACAAACAAGUAAAUAACAAUGUGAGAAUAUGGUAAAAUCUGAAAACGUAGAAAAAAUCAGGUUAGGGCUUUUCUUUUGCUGGAUUGAUUUUUAAAACUGUUGGUUGGGUUUAGGGAACUGGGUGGGUGGGUUAAUCGGUGCUUUUUAAAACACUAUUGGUUGGGUUUAGGGAAGGAGGAGGGUGGGUCAGUCAGUCAGUCGACAGCGGCCUCUGGUGGAUUUACACAAGAAGAGCAGGCGCGAGAAAUUUGAGAGCUCAAAAAGCGUACACAGCUGCCUCAGAUGGAUUCGUAAAAACUGCAAAAAACAUACCUCCUGGGAUGUAUUUGGUGCUCUCCAAAAAUGUAUAUAGCGGUACGUUUUCAGAAUGAGCCUGGAAAAUUUAGCUAUUCUAAAAGUAAAAAUUUCACGUCUGUUCCACAUAUGUUCCAUGUGUUUUAAAGUGUGAUUUUUAACGUUUGUUAAGCUCAUAUGAUGCUAAUCUAGUUUUCUGUAAAGUAUGUUCUGUGUCUGAAGGAUCAAUUCAUUUGUUUCUCCAUUUCCUUUAGUCCUAACAUGUGUCUGAUACUGUAAUAAUACCAUAGAUUUAGAGAGACUUUUAUGCAAAAUCAUUUUUAAUGCAAGAAUAAACUUGUUCUUACACA